AGGCGGUUCCGGAAGGAAGUGGUUCCGGGUCCCGCGGCCCAGUUGAGGGAGCUGCGGUGCGGCUCUUGUGGGAGGUGGUGGCCGUGUGAGGGGCGAGGCCUGAGGGGCCGGCGGCGGCGGCGGCGGCGGCCGCGGCGGCGGCUGCGGGAACUUCCCGGACGGGCUACAGAAUAUCCAGACAGCUAGGGAGCAUAAAAGCUGCUUUCCAAAUUUAGACGGCAAUUUUAGAUGUGAUGCAGGAUGUCAACUAUUCUCAAGUGUGCUAAAGUCCAAUUCUGCUGACCGAGCAUCUACGCAAAUGACCAGGCAGUCUCUUCAGAGUCAUCUUUAUGAAGUGUAAAAAGUGGAUAGUGGCUCACAUGUCAAAGGAUGGCACGGUCACGCUCUAGAUCCCCCAGGUGGAGGCACAGGUCUUUAUCACCAGUACCUAGAAAUUCUGAACACUACAAGCAAAGACCUGAGCAUUAUGGCUAUGAAUAUAGGAAGGAUCCAAAAAGACCCGUCACUUGGAGAAUGGACAAUGAGAAACAUGGACAGAGUAAACCAAGGAUUCCUUCUCGUGAAACUAUACAUUACCGAUCUUAUGAACAUAGAUCAUCUUCCCCAAACAUAAGAAGAAACUCUUUAGAAAAUUUUUAUACUUAUAAGCCUCCCCAAGUAUAUUUACCAGGAAGAGGGGAUGAUAGUAACAGAAGAUCUCAGUAUAUGCCCAAAUACUCAGAAGGUGUACUCUACAAGGAGCACCAGAGGAAUUGUUAUCCCCAGAAAGUGCAAGGAAGGUAUUUUCCUGAUGACCACAGAGUUAGAGGAAGUGGAAAAGGAGGGAAACCACCUCUGAGGUCAAUAGCAGAUUCUUUUAGAUUCGAAGGACAGUGGCAUGAAGAUGAAUUGAGGCACCAGAGGAUACAAGACGAAAAAUAUUCUCAGUCACUUAGAAGAGGCUCUGAAGAUUUUGAGAAAAGGAGCUCUUUUCAGACGAGGUAUCCUGAGGAUCGUGAUUUCAGAAAAUAUGGACACACAUCAAAAAGACCUCAAGACGUGGAAAGGUAUGAAAACAGAGAGCCUGCCAGGAGCCCGCAGUGGAAGUCCAGGCAUUUUCUCCCUUCUUACCAAGAGAAGAAAGAUCAGUGGAACCUCGGACCCCAAACUCUUCGAUACGCUCCGAGGGAAUUACCAGAGACCAGUUCAGCAGCCAAGGCAUCCUGUGACUAUCGCCACAAACAUCGUAAGACCUCAGAUGGGGACCAGGACUUUUAUGAUGGAAGAACUCAGAAGUAUUCUAAGGAGGAAGAUAGAAAAUUCGGUUCUCAAAAAGGCCCUGUAAAUAGAGAGUCCGAUUGCUUUAAUGCUGGAAGAGGGAGAGAGACUGAAGGUGGGCAAGUCAAAGAGCCUUUUAAGCCAUCUAAGAAAGACUGCACUGCCUGCACUCAUUCAAAUAAAAGCGACGUUGGUUUGAGACCCUGUAAUGACAAACGGAAGGACAAAAUAAAGAAAGAAGGGGCUGGCAGAAAAGAGAGCAACUCUUCCCAUAACCGACUUGAUAAGAGUAAAAAACUUUCUGACUCGAAACCUUCAUCUGCCGUUCUUAGGAAGAAAUCACUCACAGUUAAAGUAGAUGUGAAGAAAACAUCCAGGGUUGCUUCUAGCUAUUCCACAGAGAGACAGAUGUCACAUGAUUUGGUUGCUGUUGGCAGGAAAAGUGAAAACUUUCAUCCAGUGUUUGAACAUCUUGACUCAACUCAGAAUACUGAAAACAAACCUACAGGAGAAUUUGCUCAGGAAAUCAUAACUAUAAUCCAUCAAGUUAAAGCAGAUUAUUUUCCAUCACUUGGAAUUACUCUACAUGAGCGUUUCUCAAAAAUGCAAGUUACACAAGCUGCAGAUGUAAAUGAAUUUAAAUUGAACUCAGAUCCAGAAAUUCACAGGAGAAUAGAUAUGUCUUUGGCCGAGCUUCAGAGUAAACAAACUAUGGUAUAUGAUUCAGAACAGACUCUGGUCAAAAUAAUAGAUCCAAAUGACCUACGACAUGACAUUGAAAGAAGGAGAAAAGAACGGUUACAGAAUGAAGAUGAGCACAUUUUUCACAUAGCUAGUGCUGCAGAGAGGAGUGAUCAGCAUUCCAGUUUUUCAAGGUUGAAGAAUACUCAUGUUGAUGGAUUCCAAAAACCUACAUGUUUGGUAAAAUCAAAUUUUAGAAAAUUUAUUCAGAAACCUUACUUGAAUUAUCAUACUAUGCAGAGAAAAGACGUCAUUACUCACAAACCAUUUGGAAUUGAGGGAAACCAUCAAAAUACAAGAGGCUUUAGAAGAACUUUUAAGACCAACCUUAGAGGUGGCACAUUUCAGCCCCAGUAUAAAUCAGGCCUAGUACAGAAGAGCUUGUGCAUUCAGGCUAAAUAUCAGCGUUUACGGUUUGCUGGUCCAAGCGGAUUUAUCACUAAUAAAUUCAGAGAAAGAUUACUGAGGAAAAAAAAGGAAUACACAAACAUUGCCCCAGCAAUCUAAUCUGGAAUUGUUACAAAUGGAAAUGACACUACAGGAUGAUAUUUGGGAGCAUCUUUUUGUCAAGAGUUAGAAUUGGCACUAAAGCACUAAUACUGUAACUAUCUUGAUAAAAUAACUUUAUUUUUCCGUAGUGGAAUGCUGCA